AUGGGCCAGCGUGAUCGAAAAUCAAAGCAACAACAACAGCAGCAAAGUCAAAAAACGCACGGCCAAGGGAAUGCUCUCACGGAUGGCAAUGUCGUUGAACGACUGCGACCGGGUAGGCACUUGUGCAAUUGUCAAGCGCGAAUACAUGGCUUGAUACGCAAUUGUCUUGGAUGUGGAAAGAUUAUUUGCGAACAAGAAGGAAGUGGUCAUUGUUUAACAUGCGGCAGACUUGUUUGCACCAAAGAAGAGCGGGAGAUUCUCGAAAGAGGAUCUCGCAAAUCGGCCGAACUCUACAAGAAAUUGACGGGCGAAGAAUUGCCGAUUAGUGGCGCCUUUUCGCUUACAUUGAUCGGACGGGAUGUCGAAAAUGCUGUUAGUUUUCGGGAUCGCCUACUACAAGCGGAUGCUGAUACAGAACGCCGAACUCGGGUCAACGAUUUGGAAGGAGACUGUUUAAAUAUCGAUCGUAAUCCAUACGUGACAAAAGAGGAACGUGAAGCAAUUCUACAAAGAAGGGAAGAACUUCGUCGUAUUCGAGAUGAGAGAAAACGUGCUUUGGUUGUGGACAUUGAUUUGGAAGGAAAAACAGCUAGAACAGUGGCUGCCGAUCCUCGUGCCACGGAUCCGGCUUACGAUCCUGUAAUUCGUGCUAUUUUGGAUAAAUCGGAAAGUCGCAAAGGAAACUUCGAAUUUAAUUCUGCUACGAGCGCUCAGUGGGAGCCUAAAGGAUUUGUGCCCAAGUACGCCAACAAAGGUAGUCUUACGAAACCAUCUACUACUGAAAUUGAAGAAGUGUGCUUGGCUAACGAGGAAGUUAUGUUUAUGGAGGUUGAACGUCAAGCUUAUACAAUUGCUCUACCACAACCAGCUGCUUGCUGUUUAGCCAACGGGCUUGUAAAAUACAUUCGCUGGCAAGAAGAUCUACAUCUGAAGGGCCCUUUAUAUGUCUGUGCAAUGGCAUCGGCAACAAAUCCAGAAGAAAUUGAUGCGUUUCAUCAAAAAUACGUAAAUUCUACAACAUCCGCGCCAUUGGACUAUUCAUCUGGCUCAAUCCAAGGAAAAAUUUUCCUCGAAGAGAUACUGACUAUAAAGGAGUUUAAUGACGAGAUUGGAAGCAAUCAAGCGAUAUUUGGAAGUGGCGAUUUUGUCCUGGCAUUCUCUCAACACACCCCGCUCACAAUUUCUGUGCCUCAUAUCCCACCGUCCGAAUUUUUCCAACUAGAACGCUCGCUGCGAGAAGCACUUACACAAGUUUUAAGC